GACUUCAAGCAUCCCUCUUGGACCUAUUGGCGGGACGACCUCGUCGAGCAGCACCACGACGACUACUAGCCUCCCUCUUGGCCCUAUUGGCGGAACGACCUCGUCGAGCAGCACCACGACAACUUCUAGCAUUCCUCUUGGCCCCGUUGGCGGAACGACAUCGAGCAGCUCAAGUGCAACACCACCGGCUGGAACCACCAGUUCGUAUAGCCAUCCAUUCGGCCACAGCUCCUCGACCACUUCCUCGCUCUAUGUCAGCCCUGCAACGACCUCUAGCUCAUCUGCAGCCUAUACGAGUGGCUGGCAGUGGGGAGACUGGACUUCCACCUCUAGUAGCCCCGUUGCUGGUGUGACGACAAAAGCCUCGACCACAAACGAUCCUGGAAACUGGGAAGACUGGGCGCCAACGACCAGCACAACCUCUAGCGCAGCUGGCGAGUACACAGUUACCGUGUGGACUACCGAAUACACUGACAUCGGGCCCAAUGGCUUCACCAAGCAUCCGUUCCACUGGACCACCUCGGUUCCGGUGGCAGCAGCCACGACGACUGGGCCGUUCGUAUGGCCUACUCAAGCCAAUGGAUGCCCGCGGGGAUUCCACACCACUGUGACCGUCUGCUCCGUGUGCGCUCCGACUCUGACGACGGUGACUUUGACAGUCCCCGUCCCCACGGCCACCGAUGUCAUGACUCAGACUGUCGUGCCCGUCCGGCCCACUGGAGCUGCCGCAGCGUCCUUGCACCCGUCCGGCACGGCUGAGACUUCAGUCGCUGCUGCUUCCGCCUCCCCAUCCUGGACCAACUCGCAGCCGGCUGGAACCCUUACCUCCGUUGCGGCGGCAUCGACCUCAGCAGGAAGUAACAGCGGAUGGCUCGCACCGUCUCCUUCGUCUGGUGCCUCGGCGUCCUCCACUCCGGUCGCCCCCAUCAAUGUGACGCCCUUCACGGGCGCCGCGGCUCCUCAGAGCCAACUCCCGGGCACCGUGUUGAGCGUGGUGAUCUGUGCCGCUGUUGCGGUGAGCGGACUGUUCUUGUAAAGCGUGCAUUUGUAAUGGAUGGCUGGAAUUUGGGCGCAGGCCAAUGCUGAGUUGGCUGGCGAUGUGAGCAUAAGCGAAAAGGGACAAAUGUGACGAACGAACCCAUCUUGAAAUCUAUCUACUACAACAUAUACGCCCACCUUCGGCAUGGCAAGCAGGCACAGGCAUGUUUUGGAUCUUUUCGAAAGUCUUUGUUGGUGAUCCUUUUUCAAGCGAUUCUCUUCGUAUAUGUGGAUAUGAAGAGAUACAACACAGUUAGUCCCGGUAUAUAGCUGCAAUCAAUCGAUCAAUGCCGCUGCAAACAGUCAUAGGAAUGGAUAUCAGUUGAUUGCUCGGCAUCCGAAGUGCCCCUGAGGUUGGUCUGAUGUAUCCAACCGCGAAGUCGACGUGCACGCCGCGUAUCAAACUCCAUCAACAGAGCAUCUCAAUAGAAUUCAUC